AUGACCGACCCUCCGCCUGCCAAGGCCGUCUCGGAGAACCGCCGCGAGCGCGAGACCUUCAGAUACGACUCGUUCCUCAUUUCCCAGGCCGUAUACAACGAUGCGAACAACCUCAUCCCGUCAUCCGAGCUGCGGUCUUCCUCCGACCCUGCCUUGACCGCCUUCGCAGAACUUGGUGCUCUGCGCCUCAAUGCAACCCGCGCUUUCAUUUCGCUCUUCGAUAGCAAAUAUCAGUACAUUGUUGCCGAGGCGACCCCGUCUCUUCCGUUGACUCCCAAGGCUAGGCACAAUGAUCUUGCCACCGGGGAGCACCUCUCGCUCUCCGGCACUGCUCUGCCCCGUUCAUCUGGCGUGUGCGAGAUAGUUCUCGCUGUUCCCGACCCUUCCGAUAAUGAUUCCCCUUGGCGCAGGGCUGGUCUCCCAGUAACCGUCAUCCCCGACCUCUUGCAAGACCCCAGGACGGCAGAAAGGCCUCUCUGUCUCCAAUCGCCCGCGAACCGCUUCUAUGCUGGCGUGCCCAUUCGUUCACAAAAGGGCAUCAACAUCGGUGUGUUUUGUGUUUUUGGGGAUUCUCCCCGCGAGGGGCUGGACACUGUCUCAACCCAGCUGAUGCAGGACUUAUCACGUAUCAUCAUCGACUAUCUAGAUGCCAAGCGCAACAGGGAAGACCAUCGCCGUGCCGAUAGAAUGGUUCGCGGAGUCGGCAGCUUCAUCGAGGGCAAGAGCACCAUGUCUGGUUGGAGGCUGAGGAACAACCAGGCUUCCUUCGACGACAAUCCCUCUUUCGAAGGCGGCCUUAACAAGAACCAACAACGCCUGCAACAAGAAGACGAACUGAUUGCCGCCGAAACCUCUCAACAGGACGAAUCAUCUUUGCACGAUUGGCAACAACCAAGUCCUCGAUCGAGGGAGCACUUGAAGACAACGGAACCCCCUCAGCGCACAGGCAACCAAGACCUCGUGCCCUCUGUUUCCGGAACCUCCCUGAAGACCGCUCGAUCCGGUUCGGGUGGUUCGGCACAAGGGGACCGUGAUCCCCACGACACCCAACUCCGCCACAUCUUUUCAAAGGCGUCCAACAUCGUCCGCGAGGCCAUCGAGGUCGAGAGUGUCCUGUUUCUGGACGCUAGUAUCGGCUCCUUUGGGGGGUUGGCCGACUCUAAACCUUUCCAUGUCAAAUCCAAGGGCGCAAAAUCGCCCUCCUCGUCGAGCGACGAAAGGAGCAGCAACUGCAGUACCACCAGCCUGGACGACGCCACCUGCCGAGUCCUGGGCUUUUCAAGUUCGACAAUAUCGAGCAUCGACGGCCAAUUCCCUUCCCCAAGCCACGCCUCCAUAUCUGAAAGGUUCCUCUCCAAGCUCCUACGACGCUAUCCUGAAGGCAAGAUUUUCAAUUUUGACGAGAACGGCUCCGUACAGUCCAGCGACUUCUCUGGCGACGACCACACCUUGGUCGUUGAGACACCCGCCGACGACUCAAACAAACCUCCAUCGACGCCCCCCGACGAAGACCCCCUACGCCGAAGGAGACACAAAAACCCGUUCUCAAGGCGCAACGAAGGGAAGCUGCUCAAUGACAUCUUUUCGGGCGCGCGGAGUAUUGCCAUAGUGCCCCUUUGGGACUCCCAAAAGCAACGCUGGCAUGCCGGUGGCUUCGUUUGCACAAAGACCCCGACGCGGGUUUUGACCGUCGAGGGUGAGCUCAGCUAUCUCCGAGCCUUUGCCGCCGUCAUCAUGUCGGAAAUUCAUCGCGUCAACUCGGUCAUGGUGGACAAGGCUAAGACUGAUCUUUUGAGCUCGCUCUCGCACGAGCUGCGAUCUCCUCUGCACGGCAUCAUUCUCGGCGCAGAGCUGCUCCACGAUACCCCCCUCGAUGCGUUCCAGGGCGAAACGCUGGUCUCGAUUGAAAAUUGCGGCCGCACACUGUUGGAGACCAUUGACCACCUCCUCGAUUGGAGCAAGAUCAACAACUUCAUGGGCCCCUCGCAGCGUCGCAAUAGUACUACUGGCGUGGGUCACAGGGGUCUCAGAAACAACAACCAAAAGAUCAGCAUCGAGGCCGGCAUGAUGAGCAUUACCUCUAACGUAGAAAUCGAUGUCCUGUCUGAAGAGGUUGUCGAGAGCAUCUGCGCCGGCUUCAGCUACCAACGGGUAUCGGUUGCCCAGCUGGCGAGCAACCGCCCGGGUGAGCACGCCGAUUCGAGUGCGAUACGUAGGCUCGACAGCAUGCAGGCGAUGGAAGACAUGGCCUCGGGCACAAGCCGGUUCGGAGACGUGCAGCUUGUUCUCGGCGACGUGUCUGUGACGUUCGACAUCAACCCCGCGACUUCGUGGGGCUUCCAUACCCAGCCUGGUGCGAUCCGCCGCAUUAUCAUGAACCUUCUGGGCAACUCGCUCAAGUACACGAGCCAAGGAUUCGUUAAUGUCCAUGUGACUCAGCUGACCAAACGGGAAGAGAAUCCCUCUGGGAACGCCAAGAUCCAGAUCGACGUGAUAGACUCUGGCCGAGGCAUCAGCGAGGACUAUCUUCGACAUCACCUCUUCUCCCCAUUUGCCCAAGAAGACAACCUUUCUGCUGGCGCCGGCCUAGGCCUCAGCCUGGUCAAUCAGAUUGUCGGCAAGCUGCGCGGUUCAAUCCAAGUCUGGAGCAAGGUCGGCCACGGGACCAAGGUAACGGUGCAGCUUCCGAUGCAGGCCGCCGUCCCAGACUCGCCGCCAAGCGGCCUUGCGGAAACUCUCGGUUUCAACGACUUCCAGGCGUCUGUGAGCGAGCUCGCAGGUCUCCGAGUCAAGCUCUUAGGUUUCCCGGAAGACUACGGCGUCAGAAGAAUUGACGACUUGACGAGUAACACGACGAGUGAGGCCGAGUCAGUGGCCAGCAUUUGCAGGGAAUGGCUUCGAAUGCACGUCAUCGACCAAUCCGUAGAGGGCCAGCUCCUCCCCGACCUCGUACUGUCUACCGAACGGCACCUGGAUCGACUGCUAUCGGAGCGCCUCCAGGGCAUCAUAUCCAUGCCCGUAGUGGUGAUCUGUCGGAAUGCCUUGAUCGCGCGUCAACUAGCAACAUCUCCGCGAUUCAACGGCAGGCGUGUCAUUUUCGAGUUCAUCUCGCAGCCUAUCGGCCCGAGAAAGCUGGCCAAGGUCUUGCUGCUGAGCUUCAGGCGAUGGACGCGAACACAAGCCGGCGCGAUCCCCACGCCCACGCAGCUGUCCCUGACGAGCGCGGGUCGGUCGAAUACCAAUGGCAACACGCCAACCGGCCGGGGCAGCGUUGGCGGAAGCACGGAGGCCUUGCCCGAAGUCGCCAACGAAGACGAGCUAAAGCUUGACAAUAAGGAAGACGGCCGUCACACAGACGUGUCCAGGGCCAAUGGAGACCUUUGGGUUGGGGAUUCCGAGGAAAGCAACGAGUCGAGCGCUACGGAGGAUAUUAUCCUUCCGGACCGACCCAAGCAAGAAGAACCAAGUUCGGCUGGUGGCUCCAAACGCAGCGGGCGAUCAAAGAAGGACCGACCGAGGUUUCUCUUGGUCGACGACAACGCACUCAAUCUAAAGAUUUUGGCAUCCUAUAUGAAGAAGCUUGGGCACGACUUCCACAACGCCAUGGACGGGGAACAGGCUCUGGAGAUAUUUCAAGAACGUCCCGGGCAGUUCCACUGUGUCCUUAUGGACAUUUCGAUGCCCGUCAUGGACGGCUUCGAGGCGACACGCCGCAUCCGCGCCAUCGAGACGAAGAACAGCCUCCCGCGCUGCCAGAUCUUUGCGCUCACGGGUCUGGCUUCAGCGAGCGCCCAGCAAGAGGCAUUUGCGAGUGGCAUUGACUUGUUCCUCACCAAGCCCGUACGGUUGAAGGAACUGACCAGGAUUCUGGAGACGAAUGGAGUGGCAUGA